AUGUUUAAAAAGAAAGGCAAUCGAGAGAAAAAUCCACCCGAUAUUCAAGAAGAACAUGCAGAUGAAGAAGAAGAUAACAAAGUCGUUUUCUUGUCACCUGAAGAAGACAUUGAUUUACCAAAAAUUAAUAAAUCUAUUAAAAGAAGGAAGUCAUUUUCUUAUCGCCCUAUCUUAAAUAAAAUCACUAAAAGCAAACGCCGCAAUUCUAUUGAUUAUAAACCAAAAAAGUUCAAAUAUAUUUCCAAACCCGAAGAAAUUGGAGAACCUAAAGUAGUUAAGUCCGCAGAAACAAAUCUAUACGAGAGUUUACAUCGUUUAGUUUUGACAUUCCCACAUCUUAUUAGAGACAUCUCUGAUUUUACUUUUCAAGAAAUUAUAGGUCAUGGAGGGUUUGGCGAAAUUUGGCUUGCAAAUGACCUUAGAACAGGUAAGAUAGUCGCAAUUAAGGAGUUGUUCGCAGAAAAACUUGUUGGAAGAAAUCUUACAAAUUUUGUUCGAGAAAUUGUCACUAUGGGUAAAUGCCAUAACAGAUUUGUCAUCCCAUUCAUAGGUUUUACAGUUGAAAAGCCUUAUUGCAUCAUAACAGAAUAUAUGCCAUAUGGAUCUUUACACAAUUACUUAAGACAAGAAAGAAAAACGCAUAAACGUAUAUUCUCAGGAACACAUCUUACUAUGAUUGCAAUUGGAUUGAUUAUUGCAAUAAGAUACAUUCAUGUACAAAAAAUCAUUCACAGAGAUGUCAAAGCAGCGAACGUAUUACUAGAUAACCAUUAUCUUCCUAAGUUAUGCGAUUUUGGUAUUUCUAGGUUCUUCAACAGAAAGGCAAUGACAGUUGGAAUCGGAACUGCAUCUCACAUGGCUCCAGAGCUCAUGUCUACAUCGAAAUACGAUAUAAAAGCAGAUGUAUUCGCUUUCGGCUGCACAUUGUACGAAAUGGUUGAGAAAAAGAAUCCAUUUGCUGGAUAUCCUUCGAAAGAAGUCAUUAAGAACCACAAGAAAGGCAUCAGACCAAAGUUUUAUAAUCAAGAAGAACCAGACUGCCUUCUUUGCUUGAUCAUGAAAUGUUGGGAGCAAAAUCCAAAUGAUCGUCCUUUACCUAUUGAAAUUUUCAAUGAUUUUGCAUCAGGAAGAGUAUAUUUCCACAACACAGAUCACAAUGUUAUCAAAGAUUACGUAAAUAGACUUCUCGAGGAGCUUCAAUCAAUUUCUUAUGUCAAAGAAUUCCAAGCCGGAGAAGCUUCUAGGUGGCAAGCAGAUACAAUUCUACAUAUAGAAAGCAAGUUGAAGCGUUCACAAGCCGUAGAUUCGAUGAAAUUAGCGUUUGGAAUACCAAUCAGCGAAGAUUUCGAAGAAGAAGAGCCAUUGAUGAGAUUAGAUGUUGAAGAAGGAAUGCACAGACCAAGUUAUGAAGAAGAACAUGCCGGAAAAGCCCAAUUUAUCAAGAAAACUCCUUCAACUUUGUCACGUUUGGCAACUUUGAAUGCAAUAUUGAGUGAUUCGACACAUACUGCAUUUAAGUCAACGAUUGCUGAUAUCUGUGGCCGUAUAAAAUUCGAAGAUUUUGCUCCAUUUUACGGAAAAAUCAUCAAAUACUUCAGAAACAAAGAUGAUGAAGAUGUUGCUGUAUAUAUUCUCGAAAACUUUACAAGUAUGAUCAAUAGAGAGAAGAGAAUCAUUAAAUUCCUUGAUCAAUACCACUUUUUCUCAGUUUUGCCAGUUAUUUCCGAGAAAGCCCGACGAGCAACACUAUUCUUUGUUGCUGCUGUAUUCGAAUUAUCUCCAAAUUACAUCCAUUCUACAGUUUUCCGUGCAUUAGGAAGUUUAUUCAAACAAUUCCCUCUCCAAACUUUAUCUUUGUUCCCUCAUUACAUAUCAAGAUAUGGAAGAUUGCGAAAUCCUGAUCCAGUUCUUGAUUUUUUGCUCAGAUACGCCCGCCAUUUUGUACAUCUCGAUUCCGGUGAACUUUAUGUUCAAUUGAUGUACCAACUGACAUUAAUUGAUGAUUUCAGCAAAGACAGAAUGGAAACAAUUAAGCAAACUGUCUCCGCUUUCACAAGAUCAAGAAAUUCUAUCGUCAUGGCAACAGCUCUUAACAUUUUUGCAUUGCUUUACAAACAAGGUGAUCUUGUUCCUUACGAUGCAAUCAUCAGAGCAUUGCCAAACAUGGCUUGCGUUGAAAGUUGCUCGCAUUUGUUACUGAGAGCAGAAAAUUAUCCAGCGAGCAAGACCCUGUUUAAAGCAAUUAGUGAUAGAUCAUCACGUCCAAAAUUGGCUCGCGUUUUGAUCAAAUUUGUAUCAUUAUCACAAGACCACAGGAAAAUUGCAGUUCUUUAUACGAAAUGGAUGACAUUCAUCAGUCCAUACACAUUUAUGGUAUUUUUAAUUAUUUUUAAUGAUCCUGACCUCCGACCAAUUAUUUUACAUUCUGAAACUUUCAGUCCCUUCAUUUCUAAGUGCCUGAACACGAUCCCUCAAGAGACGCUUUUCUCUCUCCCUACAAUCUUCAAAAGAGCUCAGUUAGAUCAGAUGAUAAUCAAUAAUCUGACAAAUGACGAGUUCUUCCAAGCAUUGACAACUCUCAUCAAUGAGAACAAGGGAAAUGAAAACGUUCUCUUAAGUAUCUUCAUGACUUUAGACAAAUGCGUUCAAGCUGGUUAUUCUUAUCAAUACGGACUAUUUAUGGAGACAAUCUUUAAAUACAUCCAGAAUAGCUCAAGAUUGACAAAACCAGCUGUUUUCCUUAUUGUUAAUUUGAGUUCUCAUAGUCCUAUUGCUUCUCAGUUUAAGGCAAUACCAGGAUUGGUUGCGUAUUUUGAAACACUUAAAAAGCAAGGUGUUCUUGCCGAUGCUGCAAAUGUUUUUCUUAGUAAUAUUAAUUCUGUUAAUUAA